UAUGGCUUGUUUAACUUGUAGUUCCAGCCAAGCACAAAGGAAUCAUUCAACACAGUUGAGGAUUGUGUUGAUAGGAGGAAGGGAAUCAAAUGGAGGUCUCAAAGGUAAAAGUUCAGCUGGAAACAUCAUCCUGGGUCAAAAUGUUUUUGACACCAGCAGAAGAACAGCUCAGAGUGAAGUGAGGCAGCAGGAAGUGUUCAGCAGACAAGUCACAGUGGUUGAUACACCAGGAUGGUGGUGGGUUUAUCCACGAGAAGACACCCCAAAACUGGAUCAGAUAGAAAUACAGAACAGUGUCCAUCUGUGUCCCCCAGGACCUCAUGUCUUUCUCCUGGUUAUUCCUGUUGGUUUAUAUUUACCUGAGCUUGUCAAAGCUUCACUAAAACAACACUUGGAGCUUUUUAAUGCAGAUGUUUUCAGUCACACCAUCGUGUUGUUCACUGCAAUCGAUCCAUGUAGUGAUGAAGAGCUUGAGUCCAGAAUAAGAACAAGUCCAGUCCUGCAGUGGAUUCUUCAACAAUGUGGAAACAGAAAACAUUUUCUCAACAUCAGUAACAGAGAAGAUAGAGAUCAAGUCAAGAAGCUUUUAGAGAAAAUUGAGACCCUGAUUACAAACAAUGGAUUCAGACACUGUUCUGUUGACAGAAGACAAGGAGAAACUCUGAGAAAAGAAAUGAGAGAUUUGACUGAAAGAGCCUCAAAAAGGUUUGAUCAAGUCCAGAAACAAAGAAAGAAUCUGAAGCUACAGAUUCAAGGUGGAAGGACCCAGUCACAGCAUUUAAGGCUGGUUUUAAUUGGUGCAGAAUUGGAAGGCAAGAGCUCAGCUGGCAACACCAUUAUGGGAAGACCUGCAUUCUGUGUUAAUAAUAGUGGCAGCAGAACAACACACAGUGAAAUCAGCCACAGUGUGGUUGAAGGAAGGCGGCUCACAGUGGUCGAUUCUCCUGGUUGGUUCUACAUCAACACCCUUCAGGAAACCAGUGAGAUGGAUAAACUGGAAAUAGAGAGCAGUGUGAAUCUGUGUCCUCCAGGACCACAUGCUGUGCUGCUGGUUGUUGGCCUUGAAACCGCAACCCAUGCAACAUGUCUGAGAUCUGUCCAGGAACAUAUGAGCCUGUUUAGAGAAGAAAUCUGGAAACACACACUUGUUCUGUUCACUAUGAGUGACUGGUUGGGGACGAAGACUGUAGAGGAGCACAUAGAGAGUGAUGAAGGUCUGCAGUGGAUAGUGAACAAGUGUGAGAACAGGUAUCAUGUCCUGAACAACAAGGACCACAGUGAUAAGACUCAGGUAAAGGAGCUACUGGAGAAGAUUGAAGAGAUGUGGGCAGGAAAUGAAGAUCCUUACUAUGAAGUGGAGCUGGACCGAGCAGCAGAGCUAGAAACCAAGAGAGAGACUGGAGACAAGAUGACCAGAAGGUUGAAGAGGAUCAACGAGAGACGAUCAAGAAUAAUGAAAGAGCUGUUUGAAAGUGAGAUGCAUCCACUCAGUGACAUCAGGAUUGUUCUUGUUGGUCAAAAAUGUUCAGGAAAAAGUAGAGCUGGAAACAUGAUUCUGUUCAAUGAUCUAUUUGACCUGAGUUUCAACAUGACUCGGUUGAAGAAGAACAAAGAAGAUCAGAGAGAAACUUCAACAUGUGUGAAACAUGAAGGAAACUUUGAUGGAGUAAAAGUCUCAGUUGUUGAAACUCCAGGCUGGUUCUCAGACCCAACACCACCUGACUGGAUCAAAGAUGAAGUUCUCCACAGUGUCUCCAUGUGUUCUCCUGGACCUCAUGUUUUUCUCCUGCUUGUUCCCAUCWUCAGAUCUUUCACAGAGAAAGAUCUCAAAGCUCUGGUGGAGAUC